AUGAACAAAAUGGGUAACCAUGGGAACAAGGAUUAUCAGCUGCACUUAAAGGGUAAAAAUCCCACCAGAGGCAGUGAAGAAGGGAUCAAGGUGAAGUACAUAUCAAGCCCUGUGAUGGUGAAAGCCAAUAACGCUUCCGAGUUCCGAGCAAUCGUUCAAGAACUCACCGGCCAAAACUCCCACAUCAGAAGCCCCGGCAAUGCAGACACAAUGGUAAGCAAUAAAUCUAGCCAGACUCAUAGUCAUGGGACUUCCAUUUCACAACUGGUUUUCAAAAACUGGAGUACAUGA